CUGGGUGAGUUGUGCUUUUUUUUUUUAACCAAUUUGUUAUAGUGUUUAGUCAGUUCUAACAGGAGGGUUUCUUUCUCUGAUUACGAACAAAGUUCUGUCGCAUAAAAUUAAUUGCAAAUUUGCUUUUCACUUCAGCUCUGAUGAGCAAUUUCAUCCAGUCCACAACUGUUCAUCAAGACACUGCAUUUAUAUCAGCUAAUGUUGGAGACAACUUGACUUUGAGAUGUUUCUAUGACAGUGAUGCUGUAAAGUAUUACUGGUAUAAACAAACACUCGGACAGAAGCUACAACUUAUCUCUAAUGCCUAUAAGUUUGAUAAAAGUGUCAAUUUUCAUGAUGAAUUCAAGGACAAUCCACGCUUCACACUGGAAACCAAUGCUGGUAUGAAUCACCUAAAAAUCUCAGAUGUACAACCUUCAGACUCAGCCACUUACUACUGUGCAAGAGAUUAUUUAUUUAUGUUUGAAUUUGCGGAAGGAACUAUUGUCAGUGUAAAGGGUUCAGGUUUGAACAUCCAGGCUUUGGUCCAUCAGUCAGAAUCUGAGACCAUCCAGCCAGGAGGCUCUGUGACUCUCAACUGUACAGUACACACUGGGACCUGUGAUGGAGAACACAGUGUUUACUGGUUCAAAAGCUCUGAAGAAUCUCAUCCAGGACUCAUUUACACCCAUGGAGACAGGAAUGAUCAGUGUGAGAGGAAACCCAACACAACACACACCUGUGUCUACAACUUGCCAAUGAAGAACCUGAAUCUUUCUCAUGCUGGGACCUACUACUGUGCUGUUGCCUCAUGUGGACACAUACUGUUUGGAAAUGGAACCAAGCUGGACAUUGAAGAUGAAGACUCUCCUGUCUCUGUGCAUUUCCUGGGUGGAGCUGUCACAUUUACCACCAUUCUAAGUGUUUUACUGGCUUUCUCAGUGUGUGUGAUAAACAACGGAAGAAGCUGCCUUUGUACAGAGUCUUCUGCAAGAUUUUCUGAUCCCUCCGAACUCAACACAGAGGAGAACAAGAUCAACAGGAGAAGACGACAGAAGGACGACACCUGCAGUGAAUGUGUGUACUUCAGUGUGAGGCAGUAG